AUGUACGGCCUUCCCGGUGACCCGAACAGUACGAGAUUGAACCGCAACGCUACCGAGACCCGAGUUCACAACCUGUGGAACCAUCUGAUCGAGACCGCCUCUCAUGAGACGGGUACGAUGCUGCUCUGGGAUACUGGUGAAUAUGAAGUCUUACCUUAUGAGUCCUCGUCGGGGAAGGCCAGCGCUGCGGACGACACAACAGCCACCGAGGAUUCAGACCCGGACAGCGACAGCGACAGUGACUUGAUAUCACGAGGAAACGCAGAGUCAGAGCCAUCGAAACUGCACCGCGCGUUUCAGAAUCGCAAGAUCAAGCUCCGCCUGCACGGCACACGGCUACCGAGGAACUACACUCUGAGCCUGAGACUCACUCACGACAACAACCGGAUUACACAACCCGAGGCACCGGCCUUUAAGCGGCGGAAAAGGAAAAGUCAGAACUCGACCGCUUCAGCGCGCCGGAGAUUGAGGGCUGAGGAACUUGACACGACAGAUUCGGACCGAGCAAAAUCCCCAGUGGCGGCCGAGAUGACCUCAGGCUCAGAUUCCGACCUCGACCGCCAACACCGCCACCGUGCGGGACGGUCUCCCAUGCUACGUCGAAGUGUGUCCUCCCUCCUACGCACUGCAUCUCCACCACGUCCGAGACGCUCGGAGUCUGUCAUUCAAGUACCCGAGUCCACACCAACCAGGAUAUCCCGCCAGCCCACGAAAGCAGACCUGGAGCACGACUACGACGAAGACGAAGAAGAAGCCUGGAUCCGCCGCAACAACGCUUACCCCGGCGCAACCAACAGUAUCAACUCGAUCCACCAACGCAGGUGGUUUCUCUCCCUUGACCGCGCCGCGUGUGGCUUCCGCCCCACGAACCAGACCGCAUUCGGGCGGAAGAUAUGGGAGCGACCGCGCUUGUCCUCAUCUUUACCCGAAGCAGAACGACGUCCAUCGUCGACGGCAGCAGUAUCAUCGGCAUCAGAACCAGCGUCAAAGACGAGAACCCGAAACGACAGGUCCCCCAAUGUAAAGGAAGAAGAACAACAACGACAAAACCACGCAGAGACCCUGGGCGGCUUUCCCUCCUUUCACGUCUUGGGCAGAGAGGUCGAAGUCAGCGUGCUGACGGGACGCACCGCCGCCGAGGUGGCCGACGACGAAGGCCUCGUGGGAUAUAAGCCACGUGGAGGGUGGAGGGGGGUGGUUGAGUAA